UCGUUACCUGCUUUGUUCAAGAUGCCGACAGCUGAGUUCACGACCAUCUUUUGCGCCAUCCUGGCCUUGUGCGUCGGCCUCAUGCAGGCCAUCCUGUUCCUCCCUGCGGCACCAUUGUGGAGGUGGACGACUCUCGCCAUAGUGCUCCCUUGGGCCUUUUGUGGCGUACUCUAUCUGGGGCUCUUCAGCAUGCACUUCACCGGCCAUCUCCCUUCGCUCACAUGGAUAAAUGACUUCAUCUACCUGCAUAUGUGCUCUAUGCUUGUACUUCUGGUGCACAGCUGCACGCCUUGCGAAAGCAAGUGACCAGAUGCGGAUGCGACUUUUGCUUCUUGGUCUCAUAAUCAUACAACUACUGCUCCUGUUUUUGUCUUUAUUUUUAUGGCCCGACAUUUUUCCUAUUAUGGAUGCAGUAGCGGUACUCGCGCACUCUCCUUCCCUCAUUGUGUUCCACGUCAGCCGCUGGCAUGAUUCGAUACUCCGCCACCAGGAGGAGGAAAACCCCCCUAAAAGAGAGAAAUUUCAAAUAAGGAGUACUCACGAAGGUCGCGCGAACGUUUAUGCUGCCCUUACACUGUUUGGUCUUUCUCUUGCCUGGUGGAUUUGCACAUUGACAUAUUCUCUCGUUGUGAAUAUGGACAGCACAGCCGGCACAGUCUCCAGAACGGUGCAGUACUUCAUGCUAGGCUUCGCCAUCGUUUCACAAACAUUUCAGCGACUCUACACGCCAAGCGGUGCUCGCCGUGGUGUUGAUGCCGGAUCGAGCGACCUCAUCAACGGCGAUGAAUCAAGCGAAUUCUCCAGCGGCGAUGCAACAAGGCUGUCUUCCAUAUCAUCAUCGCACUUAGCAGGACCUUGCCCUUCAGUUGUCCAGCAGCUUUAGAAGACCUCGUUGAAAGGCGAUCAAGAGUGUGCACCGAACACAGCUAUCUUCACUCACGUAAUCUUGCACAUCGAGAUAUUGUGUCACUUUCCUAGUGCUGGCCGCCACGACAACAACUCCUGCUCAAAGGAAGAGCUUCAACCCUUACCACGCCAGUGCUCUUCCUGAGCUGUCAUGAGUUCUAUCAUUGCUCUACUGCACCCUUGACCUUCGAACCUCCAACCAGAACUGGUUUCCAGCCCGUUCAGCU